GCGAAGAUCGACCUCUUUGAGGAUGAUGACGAGUUCGAGGAGUUCGAGAUCGAUCAAGAAUGGGAUGACAAUGAAGAAGGUGAAGAAGCCAUGCAGCAGUGGGAGGAUGAUUGGGAUGAUGAUGAUGUCACUGAUGACUUCUCCCUGCAGCUGAGGAGGGAGCUCGAGAGUAACUCGGAGAAGAGUUAAAUUCUUACCAUGUCAAGACAGUUACUCUUCUCAAUCUAGCAGUAGUCCUUUCGGUCACUUUAGCUGAGACGUUAAAGAAUGUAGUUCUUUGGCUUUCAAUACUUGAUCGAUGUGGAAACAUAUUUUAAUAUGAUAGGGAUUCUUGCCGUAGUGUGAACAAUGUAGUUCCUUGGUUGAGCAAAGCAUGAUAUUUCCAAAUGGGCGCUUUUUUACAUGCAAUAGACCUUGAGGCUUCACUCCUA